AUGCUGGCGGACAUCAUGACGAAGCCGAUCGCGGCGCCGCAGUUCGACGCGCUCAGGACGAAGCUGGGCAUCGUGGUCGCUGACGAGUCGAGUGGGAGUGUUGUCAAGACUGAUGUGACGACGCCUCGCCAAGCGACUAACGAGUGUGGUGAGAUCGGAGAUGGGCCCUUCAGGCUUGGAAGCUCGCGUUUCAGGACGAGGAUCCGUGGAAUCGAGUGGUGCGUCCAAGUCGCCCCCGUCCUCAAGCGGAUUGACCCUCGGGAUGUCGAAAACGCCCCUGCGAACUCGAGAGUCACUGCCAGCCAGGAAUCGGGCCCGUCGGUCGCCAAGGACACGGUCGUCGCGGAGCUCCCCACCAUCAUCAAGUCCAUCUGCGUGGGGAUCAUUCGCUCGAGCGUCUGA